UCCGGCAGAUUUGGUCCCCCACAAUGCUGACUUACUGCCUUGCACCAAGGUCAUUUAAAAUCUAACAUGACCAUAAUUAUUCAAAUCAGUAGAUCAUUAAGCAUCAUCGAUACUCUAGCAAUACGCCCAACCAAACUAAGGCGGUUCCAAUAUGAUCACUAAAAACUUACAGCGUUAAAAAGUUCUCAAGUAGAUCAAAAUUAAGCCUUCUAUGAGCACAAAAAAGGGGAAUAUGACCUUCUAUAAUUACGAUUAAUUUAAAGUUACAGUCCAGAUUGCCUACUAAGUAUAUAACGACGUUGUAGGAGUGGUGUCGGGGUAAAACUCAUGGGCAGAUGUUUUGUGGCUUUUUCCCCACAUUGUAGACACACCCAUAGACUGCCCCGGGCGACCAGAGCCGUGACUAACAAUGUGUGCAUGUGUGUGUGUGUGUGUUGGGGGUGCAACUGACGACCCUGCAAAGCUGCUCAAGUGGUCCGCUGGUUCGUCUAGAGGAAUUUACGCCCUAACAAACUGCGCGUACUGGGCGCUUUGAAACUCCCUUGGUUUACAUGAGAAGCAACGGACGGGAGCGGAGAGUCGAGGGGACCCACAUAUCCUGACCUCAGCCCAGGCUAGUCGAAAGGGUAUGGCUGUGCGGUCCAGAACGGGAUUCUACCGGCAGGAGGUAAACAGAACCGUGUGGGAGGUUCCGGAGAGGUAUCGGGACCUCAAACAGGUCGGAACGGGAGCCUAUGGGACCGUGUGUUCAGCAUGGGACCGCCGCAUGGGGACGCAAGUGGCCAUCAAGAAACUUCAUCGGCCCUUCCAGUCCAAACUUUUUGCCAAAAGGGCUUACAGAGAGCUGCGACUCCUCAAACACAUGAAGCAUGAGAAUGUAAUCGGGCUCUUGGAUGUUUUCACUGCUGAAAUCUCACUGGACCGCUUACGGGAUUUUUACCUGGUGAUGCCGUUCAUGGGCACUGACCUCGGAAAGCUCAUGAAGCUGGAGAGAUUAACAGAAGACAGAGUGCAGUUCCUCGUUUAUCAGAUGCUGAAAGGACUCAAGUAUAUCCACUCAGCUGGGAUCAUCCACAGGGACCUGAAACCUGGAAACCUAGCCAUUAAUCCAGACUGUGAGCUGAAGAUACUCGAUUUUGGCCUGGCGAGGCAGGCUGACGCAGAAAUGACCGGUUAUGUCGUUACACGCUGGUACCGAGCGCCUGAGGUUAUCCUCAACUGGAUGCACUACACACAAACCGUGGAUAUCUGGUCCGCAGGUUGUAUUAUGGCAGAGAUGCUUCUGGGAAAGCCACUGUUCAAAGGAAGUGAUCACCUGGACCAGCUCAGAGAAAUCAUGAAGAUUACAGGAACCCCGACUGCUGACUUUGUCGUGAAGCUACAGAGCCAAGAUGCCAAAAACUACAUCCGAAGUCUACCAAAAGUGCCAAAAAAAGAUUUGCACUCUAUUUUCUCCAAAGCUAGCUCAAAUGCCGUGUGUGUCCUGGAAAAGAUGCUGCUUCUGGACCCUGAGCAGAGGGUGAGCGCCUCCGAGGCACUCGACCUGCCCUUCUUCAGCGACUUCAGAGAUGCUGAGGAGGAGACCGAAGCGCUGCCUUACGAUCAGACCCUGGACAACACAGACCUGCCAUUGGACCAGUGGAAACGUCACACUUUCACAGAAAUACUGACCUUCAGGCCGCCCAGGGACUCCAGAGAGACGUCACUUUAAGAGUACCCUCAUACACACAUUGUGCCCACAUAAAUCUGUACAUUGUCUUACACACAAAAUUGCACACGGUCACACAUAUACGCCUGCAACCAAAAAUAUACUUUUCUUGUUGAAUUUGCUGUGUGUGUGUAGAAGAAAUUGACAUUAUUAAAUUGUUAAAGUGUUUGCUGUUAAUAAAUGUGGUUUGCUUGAA